AUGGCUACUAAAAGUACCAGAGCUUGUAGUGCGGCUCAACAACAGAGGCCUAGUUCGCAGGAAGAGACGACGUCUACAGCCUUCAACGAGGUCAGAAAACAGCUGCGUGGUGUGAAGGGGGUUCGCUAUGGUCUUUUCUACCCGGCCCGACUCCGGAUCAGCUACCAAGGUGUGGAGAAAGACUUUGACUCGGCGGAGGAUGCCAAGGCUUACGUCAACAAGAUGAAUAUUGGGUGGGUGCACACCGGGGAGCGGCCUUACAUCUGCAGCAACUGCGGCAAGGGGUUUACCCGCUCCGGCAGCCUAUUGGUGCACCAGCGCACCCACACCGUCAAGGGCUCCUACACCUGUGCCCAGGGUGGUAAGGGCUUCGCCACAUCCAGCAACCUGCUAAGGCACCAGCGCACCCACAGCGGCGAGCGCCCCUACACCUGUUGGCGUGCACCCCCGUGCGGCAAGGGCUUCAUCUGCUCCAGCCAGCUGCGGUCCCACCAACGGGUGCACGCCGUCGACCGUCCAGUGUGGAGAACGCUUUGCCAUGGCCUCGCACGCCCUGUCUCACCAGCACGAGCACACCAGUAG